CUGUUAUUGCUUAGAAAAAAACGCACAGACUGAGUCUGAGACAGUAGCGAAACUUCAUUGUUUACGAUUGCUCGUUGCCGCUCUGAAGCGUACCUUCCAAGCAUGGCACAGGCGCGAGUCGCAACAACAACCUCUUUGAACGACGCAAUGACGGCCAAGACAAAUGGUUCAAUGACAACGUUGGGCGAAAACAGCUGGGACGAAUUCUCCAUUGAAGUGCCCUGGGGCACUGUCACAGGAAAAUGGUGGGGUUCGCGGAAUAGACAACCGAUUCUGGCUUUGCACGGCUGGCAGGACAAUUGUGGCUCAUUUGAUAGAUUAUGCCCACUGUUGCCGGCAGACUGUUCAGUACUAGCCAUUGAUUUGCCUGGGCAUGGACACUCGUCACACUAUCCGCAGGGCAUGCAGUACUUCAUCUUCUGGGAUGGCAUAUGCUUGAUACGUCGCAUAGUGCGAAAGUACAAUUGGAAGGAUGUCACUCUGUUGGGUCACUCACUGGGCGGCGCACUCACUUUUAUGUAUGCAGCCAGCUUUCCCAAUGAAGUCUCCAAGCUGAUCAACAUAGAUAUUGCUGGACCAACGGUGAGGGGCGUUAGCCGCAUGGCAGAGGGCACUGGCAGGGCGUUGGACAAGUUCCUGGACUAUGAAACGCUGCCGGAGAGUAAACAACCCUGCUACUCAUAUGAGGAGAUGAUAAAGCUAGUUUUGGAUGCCUACGACGGUUCCGUGGAUGAUGAAUCUGUGAGGGUUUUGAUGCGGAGGGGUAUGAAGCCCAAUCACAGCGGCUUUCUCUUCUCACGUGAUCUGCGUCUCAAAGUCAGCCUGCUGGGCCUAUUUACAGCAGAGCAAACGCUGGCCUAUGCACGUCAAAUACGUUGCAAAGUGCUCAAUAUUCGAGGUGUGCCGGGCAUGAAGUUCGAAAUGCCCGAUUUUUAUGCCGAGGUAAUUUCCACACUUAAGCAAAAUGCUGAGCAUGUGGUUUACGUGGAAGUUCCAGGCACACAUCAUCUGCACCUGGUGACGCCGGAUCGAGUGGCGCCACACAUAAACCAAUUUCUGUUAAAUAAGUAAUAGAAUAUACAUAAAUGUAAAUACCCGUUAU